UGAUCACUUCAUAAAAAUAGUUCGCAUUGUUUUUUUUCCGAGGCAACCGUUUUUUAUUUCUUUUCUUUUACUAAGGGGAAGUCGGUCACAUACAAUUUUCAAAACCAUCUUCGAAUGGAAUUUCUUUCUAGGAUGACGCAGAGUAUCAAGUCGAUGAAGAAACAACGCUCAUGAAUGCUUAUCGCAUAACGAAUUGCAUCCAGCUGGAUUAUAUGUCCAUUGGAGAUUCAAUUUCAAGCUGAUAGCUCGAUAUUAUGAAUCUAUUAAGUGGCGAUUUCUUCUCGUGAAUGCUUUAGAUAGUGCCCUCGGUAAACAAUUAGAUGCAGAAAUCUACAAAGCAGGAGUAAUAAAUGGGGAAAGUCAAAAAAAGGUCGAUAUUGCUGCAUAGCAAUCAAUCUCAGAAUGUGAUACGCAACCUAAUGUUAAGAGAUUUAGGUCUUCAUAAUAUAAAUAAAACUAGUACACGAGAACUUGAAUCGAUAGCGGAAACAAAUCUUGUUUUGAAGAGUCAUAGGGAGUUGAAAUGUGAUUUACCUGGUGUUCCUAGAGCAACUUUUUUAAUGGUCUUUAGUCCUGAUGGGACUAAACUGGCAUCUACGCAUGGAAAUCACAAUGUAUAUAUUACAGAAGUUAAGACAGGGAAAAAUAUAAGAACUCUUUCUGGCCAUCCACGUACACCAUGGUGUAUAGCUUUUCAUCCGUCUUCAAGUCAGAUAUUAGCUUCUGGCUGUCUUGGUGGUCAAGUUCGUGUAUGGGAUUUAAGUGGAGGUAGCGAAGUAUGGAAUGCUGAAAGUCGUACAGUUAUUGCAUCUCUUGCAUUUCAUCCAUCCGAACAGUUACUUGUAAUAGCAACUUAUAAUGAAAUUCAUUUUUGGGACUGGAGUCAAUCCGAACCUUUUGCAGUAGCUUCAACACGUUCGGAUAAAGAAAAAGUGAGAUAUGUAGCAUUUGAUAAUCUCGGAAGAAAAUUAAUCACUGGUAUUGCAAAUAUAUCGCCAAUUCGAUCACGAAGGGAUCGCCCUCCUGUAGAACAACCAUAUAGAACUCUAUUAAGAAAUCCAUUGGAAGGUUUUCAAGAUUCUGAGGCAAUACCUCGUUAUCAUCAUUUAUGGGAUGCGCCUCUUCAUGGAUACAGAAUGAUGAAUAAUUAUAAUUAUGCAAGAAGAGUACGAAACGGUAAUGCACCUGAUCUCAGAACUACUAGAAUGACAAGAACUGUUCCUAAUGCACCAGAGGUAUCAUCCGACCUAAGAGAUCAACAAAGAAAUUCCCCUUCAUUCAGAAGAAUAUUUGAUGUAAUUAUAAGAAAUUUAUGCACAGAGCAAGAGUAUUAUACAAGAAAUUUACACAGUGAAACUUUGGACGAUGAAAAUAACGGAGAACAAUCAGAGAAUGGAUAUUGGCUUCUGGAAGAAAAUAGUAAUUCAGAUUCCAAUCUUGACGAAGCUAGUACAAGUAAUGCUUCUAAUUCGCGAAGAUGGACCAGUCGUUGGAUUCAAUUAGACUCAUCCAAUAGAAAUUAUGAUAAUAAUCGUACAUCGUCGCUCAAUGAUCCAACGCAUACAAGACUUAUAAACGAUGAAAUGAUUCAAAGAGCUCAGAAUAGGUUCUGCAAUAGAAAUCAAAUUGCUUCUAUGCCGGCGAAUUCUCUAAGCUACGAACAGCCACCGUUAUUUCCAUUUAGAAGUUUACAAGAAAGUCAAUUUAGAAGGCUAGAACAAUGUACAGUACCAGAAGUUGAUUCUUCGAGUAGUUCGUCGCAUCGUCAUCAACCAAUAAAUCCUCCUGCGAAUACAAGUGGUAGUACGUCGGCGAAAAGAGAAAAUUCAACCAAUGAAAAUAACACACAAGAGACACAUAUUCCUUUAAAGAGAGAAAGAGUAGAAGGUGAAAGUUCAAUGGAAAAUCAACAACAAAGACAAGAUAAUCAAGUUGAAAAUCAAUUAAGAAAUAAUAAUUCUACUUUUGAAAGAACUGUAGAUAAUAAUAUGAGUGAAUUAAAUGCUAGCAGAGAUAUAACUGGAGAAGGAUUCAGAAGAUGGAGAUUGUCCCUGAAUCGAGAUGUAGGUCUUCAUCCUUUAGAAAUUCGCUUGAGAAUACGUCUUCUUGGACGGCACAUAAAUAAUAUGCAACGUUUGUGUAGAGCCAGAUUAGAAAUUAUUCAACUACAGCAUGUUCGUAGAAUGUGCGAAGACUUGCAACAUCAAAUACGUUCGCUACAUGUAACCGUACGAGUUGAGAGACAAAAUAAUAAUCAUGAAACGACAGAACAAUCGAAUAUAAGUACAAAUGCAAAACCUUCGACGUCUGGUCAAAAUUCCUCUUCGGUAUCGACAGAUUCUCAAAGUGAACCUACUAGAAACUUCAAAAAGAUUCUUUUAGAAAGUUAUAAGAGAGAGAAUAACGAGACUGGUGAUACAAAAGUAUGCGAUCAAGAUCAACCGUCAACAUCUACGGGGAUAACGAAAUCAUCCAAAUUUGUGAACAAUGAUCUGCAAGGUCAUAAUAACAAUAACGAUGGGACAGAAAAUUCGACAAACAUAAGCCUUUCAAAUUUAUUACCAAGUGAAUCAGAACUACGAGAUAUGCAACCGCAUAAUUUAUCGAAUAUAUUGGACGGUCUUUAUUCACAAUGUCAGAACUGUAAUCUUUCUGAUAAUUCGCAGUACACGAAUAAUGCGAUAAAUGAUCAUACUUAUUCGAAUUUAACAACCAACGAUGAAAAUAUACAAUUACCAAGCAUAUCGAGUUUAGUUUCUAAUAUUGGAAUCACGUCAAACUUACCAACAAUUUCUGCGAUCACUACUACAAGUUCGCAAUCACCUAGCGUUUCACAUUCAAUUAAUAACGAAAUAAAUAAUCCAAGUUCUGUUACGAAUGAAACAGUGCGGACGAGUGAAAAUGUAGAGUAUUCUUCCGAAGAUGUAAAUACGCAUCUUAAUAACAAUACUAAUAAUGACGAAUACAUUAAUACUAAUACAGAAGAUUCAUCAAAUAUUCCAGAAAGUUUGAAUCCAAGAGUACAACCCGAAUCAUCGUCAAGUAAUAUCAAUUUACAAAAUAGACAGUACAUGUACCAAAGAAUUUGUAAAUAUGGACGUCGAAUGUACUUAAGAAAUCCAAGAUUAUUGUCACUGGGAGCUAAAAGAGGUUCUAGAUCACAAUCGAGUAAUGACAAUUCUCGUUUUUGUGAAAAUGUAAGAAGGCCAUGGCAUUUACGUAGAAAUCCACCGCAUAUGUGCGAUAGUACGUCCAAUGAAAAUAAUAGUGAAAGAAAUCAAGUGCAAAGUACUUCAGAAUUUUUACAAGUAAUGAUACUUCGAUUGGAGUUCUUAGUUCGUCAACAAAGAGCUUUGGCUCAAAAUAAUAAUAUCGGUAGAGGUUUUAAUAGUGAUAGUCAAAUAGACAAUGUCACGGAUAAUGAAAAUCAAGAAAUUGAACAGAUUCGAGAAGCCACUCGUCUCCGAGCUAGGCAAGUUCUUAGUUUAAUGGUUGAAGGUUUGACGCAAUUCUUUGAAACUAACAGACCUGAAAAUGGGUCACAAAGUAAUAUGCUUUAUGAACAAAUCUAUAAAAUGUAUGUUUUACUGCACUUAGCAUUAGAAUUAAUGGAUUUGUUAUUAGCUCAAUUGGUAACUACGAGACGAGAAUUGGAGUCUAGUCAAUAUGGGCCAUAUAGUUCCGAUCUUUCAUCUCAAAAUAAUAAUAGGACAGAAAUACCUCGAAGUAAUAGUUCAGACAAUAGUUUACAAAGAGAAGAAUACAAUUCAAGUAAUAAUGUGCAAGUGAUAUCAGAAAAUAAUGACGAUACCGAAAUUUUUGAAAGAAAUCUUGAUACAGAAAAUCCUGGUACAUCUCUCGAGAUGAAUCAGGCAAAUACAGAAGAUCUUUUUUCAGUACAUGCUAACAGAAAUUAUCACAAUAUGGCAGAACGUUUAAAAAGAUUGUUCUUUCAUCCACAAUUACUUGAUGCAGAAUCAGAAGGCAAUACUACAGAGGAACAUCAAAAUUUGAGUAAUCUAACUUCACACGUGAAUAAUUCCAUAAAUACUGAUAACGCCACUUACACUGCACAAAAUAAUGAUGAGUUUGAGCAAGCAGGUACAAGCACAGGUCAUAAUUUAUCAGAACAUGCUUUGUCCACUGAGGUACAAAAUAUAGUUGAAAGGACUCAAAAUAAUAGUUCUAUUAAUACCGAUAGUUCUACAGAAAAUAGAAGACAAAGUAAUGUGCAAUCUCUAGAUAAUAAUAUUACCUACAGAAAUAAUGAUUCUUUUGAGUUACGUUUACAUGAGCUUAAUGCAGCAAUUUACAGAGGAUAUAGAAACAAUUGGCGAAAUAUGUCCUCUGGUAUUAAUCAGCAUGCACAAGAAAUUGAACAAAGAAUUCCAAGACCAAACUGUUCGAAUUGGGGUAACUUUAUUCCAAGUGAACAGAGUACGAGAAGACCAUUAAAUUUUCAAGGAUCUAGCUUAUCAGCAUCGAUAAUAAGAAGAGCCUCCUCUACACCUAUCCGAGGAUAUGUUAGAAGAUAUCUUACACUUCAAAGGGAACGUUUCAGACGUAGAAUAUCUUAUAGAAACGGGAUAUCUCGCAGACAAGAAUUAAAUGUUCCUGUUAUACGAGUAAAUGGGAUUCCAUUGAACGAAUUGCAUAAUUCAUCGGGAAAUCAAAGAAGGAGACAUAAUGCUCCAUCUCAUAUUCCUUCGCCAUAUAUUAUUGAUAAUUUUCCUAAUGACGUUGAAAGAAAUGUAUUAAUGUUAAUAAUAACAACAAUAAUAAUAAUUAUAACAAUUAUAAUUAUUAUCAUCAUCAACCUGGACCAAGCUCAAUACAUCAAAAUACAGAAUCUAGGAAUACAUCAAAUAUUAAAUCCAAUAGUUUUUGCACAAGCUAUGUGGCGUAAUCGCUUCGUACGUUAUUCUGAAUUUGGGAAUACCAAUUCAGCAGUGAGAAAUAUUAGUAAUAGUACUGGAGGAGGAGGAGGAGGAGGAGGAGGUGGUGGUGGUGGUGGAGGUGGAGGAGGUGGCGGAGGAGGAGGUAGUGGUGGUGGAGGAGGCGGAGGCGGAGGUGGAAGUGGAGACGGAGAUGGAGAUGGAGAUGGAGGAGGAAUAAGUGGCGGAGGACAAGAUACUGGAAACGAUGAUAGCGAUGAUAUCGACUUAGGAGAUCAUAUACCAGUUAGUAUGACAGUUAAUGGCUUUGAAAUUCAGAGUUAUAGGGUUCAAGCAUGGGAUUUUUCUACAGGUGAAAUUCCAGACAUAACCGAUUCUAAGAAAAACAUUGUUGUGCGUGAAUGUAAGAUUCAUAAUGACGCAAGUAUUGAUAUUUCGUCCGAUGGGAAAUUAUUAACAACACUGUUACCGUCGGGGCGUAUAAAUGUUACGACAACUUUAGGUAUAUAUAGUUUACAAUGGGAAACUUUAGGAGAAAGAAUUUAUUCGACGAAAAUUGAUCAGACGGUUGUUUCUGUAUCGAUGUCACCAACAAGGCAACAUCUUCUAGUGGGUUUGGCAUCACGAAGAAGUCGCGCAAGAGGAUUUCUAAUGGCAUUACUUUACAAGCUCACGGAUAAAGAAUCUACUAAAGAAAAACAAUGUUUAGUAGAUCAAAUUGACCCAGAAUGUUAUAACUCAUAUGAACCCAAUGAUUCGUAUAGAACGGAUGAAUUUAUCCAUGGUAUUGAUAAUUUUGGUAAUACGAGACAAAAUAAUGAUGACAUUGAUAGACAGGAUCAAGAUUGGCGCCAUCGUAGCAUGAGAACUGAUAUAGAUAUAAAAGAUAAUAAAAGGAAUAUGGUGCUUAUUAGGAAAUUAUUGCUAUAUAUUCCAGGGUCUACUGGAUAUGUCAGUUUAAAUUGCAUAAGAUGGGCUCCACAGCCCGGCCAAGGAAUGGUUUAUGCUACAAAUACAGGCCAAUUAAAUAUUCUCCAUUGAUUUGUAUUUGUGAAAGAGUGAGCCGACAUUUUAUUCUAUAUGUUAAUAAAUACGUUAAGUUAUAUAUAUAUAUAUAUAUAUAUAUAUAUAUAUAUAUAUAUAUAUAUAU